AUGGCCGAGCUGACUGACAGCGACAUCCAAUCCCUUUCCGUCCACAGCACCAGCACCACCAUGGACAAGGUCGACGCCGUCCCGAAGCUCGACGAGCCGCUGCAGGAGCCGCACCACGAGGUUGCUCCCACCCGCUCUGACCGGCCCAUCGCCGAGACGCGCGAGCCCUACGGCCCGCCUGGCUUCCGCGGUCUCUUCUUCUCCAGCUAUGUCGCCCUCUGCGCCGCCUUCUCCGCCAUGGGUGGCCUCCUCUUCGGCUACGACCAGGGCGUGGUCUCGGUGAUCCUGGUGAUGCCGCAGUUCCUCGAUCAAUUCCCGCGCGUGUCAGACGCCGCGUCGGGCGCCGGCUUUUGGAAGGGCCUGCUGACGGCCAUGAUCGAGCUCGGUGCGCUGCUGGGCGCAUUCAACCAGGGGUGGAUUGCGGAUAAGAUAUCCCGAAAGUACUCCAUCGUUCUGGCCGUCUUCAUCUUCACCAUUGGAUCGGCGCUCCAGACCGGCGCCGUCGAUUACUCCAUGCUUGUCGUCGCCCGUCUGAUUGGCGGCGUCGGCAUCGGCAUGCUGUCAAUGGUUGCGCCGUUGUUCAUUUCCGAGAUCUCGCCUCCCGAGAUCCGCGGUUCGCUGCUCGUGCUCGAGGAGCUUAGCAUCGUCAUCGGCAUCGUGGUUGCUUACUGGAUCACUUACGGCACGCAGUACAUCCCGACCGAAUGGUCAUGGCGCCUGCCUUUCCUCCUCCAGAUCAUUCCAGGUCUGGUCCUCGGAAUCGGCAUCGUCUUCCUGCCCUUCUCCCCUCGCUGGCUUGCGUCCAAGGGCCGGGACCAGGAAGCUCUUGAAAGCCUUGCCAAGCUCCGUCAACUGCCCAAGUCUGAUACUCGCGUCAUCCAGGAAUGGUACGACAUCCGUAGCGAGGUUGCCUUCCAAAAGGAAAUUGCUCAGGAGAAGCACCCCAAGCUUUUUGGCAGCCGUGUGGCCAUUGAUCGCGCUAAGCUGGAGCUCGCUUCGUGGGCCGACUGCUUCAAGAAGGGUUGCUGGCGCCGCACCCACGUCGGCAUGGGCCUCAUGUUCUUCCAGCAAUUUGUCGGCAUCAACGCUCUCAUCUACUACGCGCCGACCUUGUUCGAGACGAUGGGUCAGGAUUACGACAUGCAGCUCGUGCUGGCCGGUGUCCUGAACGUUGCUCAGCUCGUCGGUGUCGCGUCCUCCCUUUGGUCCAUGGAUCGCUUCGGCCGGCGGCCUCUUCUACUCACUGGCGCAGCUGUCAUGGGUAUUGCGCACAUCAUCAUCGCGGUCCUUGUGGGCAAGUUCGAUAAGGACUGGCCCGCUCACAAACCUCAAGGAUGGACCAGCGUUGCUUUCCUCUUCGUAUACAUGCUCGCUUUUGGCGCUUCUUGGGGCCCCGUACCUUGGGCAAUGCCGGCGGAACUUUUCCCUUCGUCUUUACGUGCCAAAGGUGUCGCUCUGUCGACAUGUUCGAAUUGGCUUAAUAACUUCAUUAUCGGCCUUAUUACGCCUCCGCUCGUGCAAAACACAGGCUUCGGCGCCUACACCUUUUUCGCUGUAUUCUGUAUUCUGGCAUUUGUCUGGACGUUCUUCUUUGUGCCCGAGACCAACGGCAGAUCACUGGAGCAGAUGGACCAAGUCUUCAAGGACAGGAGUAGCGAGGGCGAAGAGGCUAGGAGGUUACGCAUUGAGUCAGAGAUUAUGGGACGCAAUAUGGUGGGGUCAGACGUUGAGUCGGCGCACGCUGUCAAAGUAUGA